CUUGUUUCUGUGCUCUACUCUCUAAGUAUAUAUAAAUAAACGUAUUUGAUAUCUAUAGCAUCAAUCUUCCUACAAACAGAACUUAUUACAUUUGCAAUCUGUCGUUAAUUCCAUCUAACGGUUCCUUUUCGAAUGAACGAUGGCGCGAGUCCAAUGUCUCAUUUCUCACCGUUGGAUCGUCUUCCAGUUAAUCACAGUCCUCCUCCACGUGGCUAAUGCACAAUCACCCUCGCCACCGAGUCAGCACGAGUUGCAACAACAAAGUCCAGCCCCGUCGAAAACCACCGUCUUCGCCGUCCUCGUCACCUCCUUCUUCUUCUUCGGGCUACUAUCCGUCUACAUCCGCCACUGCACGCGUGGCAUGCCGGGAUACUCAGACACAAACUCCCGCCGCCGCGGCGGCGCUUUCGACGGAUGCUCACGGCGCGGCGGCGGACUCGAAGACGCCGUCGUCGAGAGCUUCCCCGUCUUCGCUUACUCCUCCGUCAAAGAGUCGAAGAUCGGAUCCGGCGAUCUCGAAUGCGCGAUUUGCCUCAACGAGUUAGAGGAUCGCGAGACGGUCCGGUUGCUUCCGGUUUGCAACCACCUCUUCCACGUGGACUGCAUCGACGCGUGGCUCUACUCCCACGCGACUUGUCCGGUUUGCAGAUUCGAUCUCGCCGCUAAACCGGUUAAAACCGGAGCGGAAGAUAGAGCUCCGGUUAGCGAUCACGUCGUGAUUGAUAUCAGGGAGGCCGUUGAGGAAGAGAAAAGUCGCCACCAGAUCGUCGGUAAGUUCCCGCGGUCGAAUUCGACCGGUCAUUCGAUUGGGAGACUUGGUGGUGAUGGCGCCGAGAGGUUUACUCUGCGGUUGCCGGAGGACGUGAGGAGGAGGAUAAUGGCGGCGAAAGGACGUAGGCUGAAACGAACGAGGAGCUUUGACGCUGAUUUGAUGGAUAGCGGGUACGUGGUCGGGUCGGGCGGAAAAUCGGAGCGGGUUAGCUGGGCGGAUAGAUGGGGUUUGUUUGUUUCAAAGUCAAACUCGGGUUCCGUUAGAUCACCUAACGGCGGUUCGUUGACGUGAGGAAACGUUUAUAGUUUUGCUUGCGUUAAGCACGCUCUGGAGUGGUAAGUGGUGAAAUACUGUUUCUUUGAUAUACGAUUGGUGGUGAAUACUUUAAAAUGUUAAACUGUUGAUGAAUAUUUCAUUGACUUUUAGUUUUUUUUUCAUUUGUUUUGUACACAAAAAGGGUCCAGCUUGUUUAGUAACUCGCUAAACAAGUUUUCUAAAUUUUGUAAAAAUGCUUAUAAUAUUUUGAUUGAUUAA